CGGAACGAUGAUAACAUGUGCGAUACACCAACAGACAACUAGAGGAUAUACAAACAGUCGUGACUGGUAAUUACCUCCAUUACAGGUUACAUAGAGUCAAACCAGCAGAUGCAGUAAAUGACUAGCGCCAUGGCUUCAGAUGCAAGUCACAUGUUAGAAGCAGCCUUGGAACAAAUGGAUGAUAUAAUUGCUGGCUCCAAGGCUGCGGUGGAGUUUAGUAAUGGGAUAUAUGAUCUGGGUUCCCCCGUGAGCGUCAGACCCCUGCAGGUACUGCAGCUGGCUGAGGAACUGCGACUGGCUCUGGAGCUGCAGGCCAGAGAGGAGGACUGCAAUUCACUGCGCUCACAGCUUCCCUGCACCACAGCGCAGACCCUCAUGGAGUGGCUAGAAAAGGGCUCGGUUAAUCUCCAGUUCUCUAGCAAAAAUGAGACCUAUCAGGAACGGCUGUCAAGAUUAGAAGGGGACAAAAAAUCUCUGGUUCUCCAGGUGUGUGUCCUCACAGACCAGGUUGAAGCUCAAGGAGAAAAGAUCAGAGAUCUGGAAAGUUCUCUGGAGGAACAUCACCAUAAACUCCUUUCUACUGAGGAAAUGCUCCAACAGGAGCUCCUCAGCCGAACUUCACUGGAGACGCAGAAACUGGAACUGAUGGAUGAAGUUUCAUGUCUGAAACUCAAGCUGGUCGGUAUGGAGGAGGAACACAACAACAUAGAUGAAGAGGACAAACAUCAUAAAGCUGAGAGUGUGGUUAAUCUAAUUAGUGAGCUACAGGAACAGAUGUGUAAAUUCCAGGAGGAAAUCAGCAAUCGCAUUCUGGAGCAGCGGGCUCUGGAGAGCCAGGGGGACAGUGCCACACGCGAGGCUCAUGACCAGAGCCCCGAUGUGGGCCUUGGUGCCUCGGAUGCUGAGGAAUGUAGCUGUAGAAGCGGAGGAGAUAAUGCAUUGCUGCAAGAGCUUCACCUUCUUAAGAGCAAAGUUGAUGAACUGGAAGGGGAGAAAUUGCAAUAUGAGAGGAAACUCAAAGCCACAAAGGCAGAGAUGGCCAAACUCCAGCAACAGCUUGCUACGAAAGAUGCUGAAAUCGAGUGUCUACAGAAUCAGCUUCUAUCCCGGGGAACUGUCAGCAACGACAUCAAAGAGAGAGCAUACAAUCUGAAUGUUGGUCUACAUGUUCCAGAUCAAGAAUUGCAGAGGCUAAAAACUGGAAUGGAGACACUAAUAGCUGCCAAUAUCGAAAAGGAUCGCCACAUUGAAGAGCUCAGUGCUCUGUUAGGCCAUUACAGAAAAAUUAAGGAUGGGUCAACCCUCUCUCAAAUAACCAAUGAUUCCUUGCUGUCUGGUAGCAGUGAAGAGGAUCUUAGUGGCAGUCGAAAAAUCAGAACCUUGACCCAUAAAGCAUACUCUGAUGUCAUCACAUCAGAACCGCUGAUGUCUUCCCGAGGCCCAUCGCCGCUCCUGGUCUCUCCUCCAUGUCUACAGAGGGAUCUGGACUCCAACUUUCGCAGUAUACAGACCUCCAUGGAGACCUCUGUGGUAUCCAUUGGCGAAUUGGGCUUUUACAACAGACAAUGGUCGAUGCAGCAAAUGCUGUCCACUAGUUUGGAAGAACUGCAAAGUGGGAGCUUACAGAUGAACCGAUAUAAUCCAGAUAAUAAAUAUCAGACCCUCCCGGGCAAGGUUUGUCGACCAGAGCAGAAUGGAGUGAGACUACUGCCGUCUACCCCUCUACAAUUGUCUCCAGAUGAAAGUGAAGACAGCGAAUUCAACCUAAGAAAGAGAGAGAAGGCUGAUGACUCUACCCUGUCUGAUCUUUCGCCCAUGUCGUCUGGGGUAGAUUCAGGCCAGCAGUCCCCUGUUUCACCAGAAAACAAGAAACACCAUAAAGGCAUCAGAAAACUGUGGGGAAAGAUCAGGAGAACACAGUCGGGCAGUCUCCCUGCAGAAGGUUCUUACUCUGAGUUCAAGAGAGGAGGCUUCAGAUCCACAGCCGGCCCUCAACUCACCUGCCUCGGCAUUGGUGUCUCUUCACGUGUGGUGAACGCCCCCUUUUCGAAGUGGUCAUGUGAUCAGGUGUGUGAAUGGAUGGAGGACUUUGGACUGGGUCAGUACAUAAAUAUGACCAGACGUUGGGUCACAAGUGGUCAGACUCUCCUCUCUGCCUCCUCACAGGACAUUGAGAAGGAACUGGGAAUAAAACACCCUCUACACAGGAAGAAACUCCAGUUAGCUAUGCACUCCUUCAGCAACAAGAUGACAGAGAAAUCCUCAGAACUGGAUCACGUCUGGGUCACACGCUGGCUGGACGAUAUUGGCUUACCACAGUACAAAGACCAGUUUAACGAAGGACGUGUAGAUGGCAGAAUGUUGCAGUACUUAACAGUGAAUGAUCUACUGUUACUGAAAGUCACCAGCCAGCUGCAUCAUCUCAGCGUCAAGUGUGCCAUCCACGUCCUGCAUGUGAACAAGUUCAACCCCAACUGCCUGAAGAGAAGACCUGGAGAUGAGAAUAAGACGUCUCCUUCUGAGGUGGUUCAGUGGUCUAAUCACCGUGUGAUGGAGUGGCUCAGAUCAGUUGAUUUAGCAGAAUACGCACCCAACCUAAGAGGAAGUGGAGUACAUGGUGGGCUCAUUAUUUUGGAACCUCGUUUUAAUGCAGAUACCCUUGCUUUGCUACUGAAUAUCCCACCUCAAAAGACACUUUUGAGGAGGCACCUGGCAACCAACUUUAACACGUUAGUGGGCUCUCAGGCUCAACAAGAAAAACGAGAGUACAGGGAAUCAUCAAACUACACACCACUGACCACAACGGCAAAAGUCCGGCCACGUAAAAUGGGUUUCUCCAAUUUUGGGCACCGUAAGAAACAUGCUGAUGACUCUGCAGACUACAUCUGCCCUCUGGAUGCAUCCCAAGCCCAGGCCCUGCUUAACGGGGCCAACCGGCCCUACAGUGGCUUUAGGGGCCUCAGUCCCAUCUUUGACAGGGACCCAGAGAGACGGGAGCAGAUUUUGCACACUAAAGGACCAGAUAUGCAGAUAGAAGCCUUAUCAAACGGAAUUAACAGCCUCACGUACUUACUGAGCCAAGAUGAGCUACUAAGAGGAAUGAGACGCAGCCGAACUGCCAUAGUGUGAUUGGACUGCGCCACAUUAUCUCUUCCUUCACAGUGAGAGCGUUCCGGAGUCACACCUCUCACAUACCUCAGCCUAACCCCUCCUUGCCUGCAGCUUUGAGCUUUCCAACCUUCAGAACUGAACUGUCAUACUACAGUAUUAACUUAUUCACAUUUGUGGGUGUGGUGGGCUUGUGCUACAACAGGGCGAUGCCACAAUCUUACUUCGCCUACCUCUUCACCACCCAGCACAAGCCCUUAUGUUUUGUCAAAAUGUCAAAUUGUCUUGAUAUUUGGCCUAGCUAUUCUUGUAACUGGAUGCGAGUAAAUCCCUUGCUACUUACUAGAUCUCAAAGGCUUUUUAACUUAAACCUAGUUCAAAUAUGUGUGAUACGGAAAAAGCAGUAUGUUUUGUCAAGAAUAAAUGGCUGUUUGCUUGCAAUACAGCCUUUUAAUCCAACCCAAUGAGUAAGAAGGUGCUUUUUU